CCAAUAUAAACCAACCUUCUUAGCACUCCACUUACCAUUUUCAACUACUCUUUUAUUACAAAACAAAAGAAAAUACAAUGGGCGAAGUUGAUCCAGCUUUCAUCCAAGACCUCGAACACAGGCCAAAACUCGCCACCAUCGAAGCUGAAGAAAUACCAUUGAUCGAUCUUAAUUCGGUGUUGAACUCAGGUGACGCGGUUUCGGACACUACUCUGGUUUCCGACAUAGGUGAAGCUUGUGAGAGAUGGGGUUUCUUCCAAGUAAUAAACCACGGGGUGCCAUUGGAGAAACGUGAGAGGCUUGAGAAGGCAGCCAGGGUAUUUUUUAACCAGCCUUUGGAGGAGAAGGUGAAGAUCAGGAAAGAUGAAGCGAAGAUUUUAGGGUAUUAUGACUCCGAGCAUACCAAGAACGUUAGAGAUUGGAGAGAGGUUUUUGAUUUUUCAGUGCAUAGUCCAACCAUAGUUCCAGCCUCAACACGCCCUGCUGACAAACAAGUAGCUGAGUGGCAUAAUCAAUGGCCUGAAUUUCCUCCUCAACUAAGAGAGGCGUGCGAAGAAUUCGCAGGGGAAAUGGAAAAAUUAUGUUUCAAGUUGAUGGAACUUAUUGCCUUGAGCUUAGGCUUGCCGCAAGAUUCUUUUAAUGGCUUCUUCAAGGACCAAACCACCUACGGUAGGCUUAACCACUAUCCACCUUGCCCUGCUCCGGAACUGGCUCUUGGCCUUGGCCGGCACAAGGAUUCCGGUGCCUUAACCAUCCUCGCUCAAGAUGAUGUCGGAGGAUUGGAAGUGAAGAGGAAAUCAGACGGGGAGUGGAUCCUAGUUAAUCCUACUCCGAAUGCAUUUAUCGUUAAUGUUGGUGAUGUUAUUCAGGUUUGGAGCAAUGAAAGAUAUGAGAGUGUGGAGCAUAGGGUGAUUGUGAAUUCUGAAAAAGAAAGAUUUUCGAUUCCCUUCUUCUUCCACCCGGCUCAUUACACCAUGGUUAAGCCGUUUGAAGAACUGACAAGUGAAGAAAAUCCACCCAAAUACAGGCCUUACAACUGGGGAAAGUUUCUUGUAACAAGGAAAGGAAGUAAUCUCAAGAAGCUUGAUGUCGAGAACAUCCAAAUCUACCAAUUCAGGUUUUCGGAAUCCGAGUUAGCCAACAGCUUAGAAAGGUGGUAUCUGUGGCAUAGACAAGAUGCAGUAUCUUAGCUAUUUAAUUACAUGUAAAAUUAUAAGUAUAUUUCUCAGUCAUAUGGUUUAGUUAG